AACAAUUAUUAUUAUGUAUUCCAUUCCAAUUUUGUACAAAAUAUGGAUUACUCCUCCAAAGAGGUGGCUGUCGAGUUCCCUUCCUUCCGACUCUACAAAGACGGCACAGUUGACCGCUUCGACGGAGACAUAACCGUUCUCCCCUCCCCUUACACCGAAAACGGAGUACGAUCCAAGGACAUCGUCAUCUCACCAGCUUCCGGACUCUCCGCCAGGCUUUUCCUCCCAAAAAUAUCUGAUCCAACCCAAAAGCUACCUCUCCUACUAUACUACCACGGCGGUGCAUUCGUUAUUGGAUCGCCAUUCUCUCCCAUAUUCAGCGCCUUCGUCGCUUCUGUAGCCGCCGAAGCAAACGUCAUCGCUUUGUCAGUGAACUACCGAAGGGCUCCAGAGAAUCCCCUACCAGCCGCUUUCGAGGACGCAUGGGAAGCGAUUCAGUGGGUCGCGGCCCAUUACCGUGGAAAUGGGUCGGAAGAGUGGAUCAACCAAUACGCCGAUCUCGAGAGGGUUUUCGUGGGCGGAGAUAGUGCGGGUGGGACUUUAGCCAAUAAUAUUGUACUUCGAGCCGCCGUUGAUGGUCCGAGAACCGUGGGACUGAUCCUGUAUUUCCCGUUUUUCGAUGGUGAUGAAGAACGGAACAAGUUGCUGAACUACAUUUUCCCAUCUUAUAGUGGACCUGGUGACCUGCUGGUGAACCCGCUAUCUGACCCGAAUCUGGCGAAACUGGGAUGCAGCAAGGUGGUGGUUUUUGUUGCUGAGAAUGAUAGUUUGAAGGACAGAGGCUGGGCUUACUACGAGGCGUUGAAAAAAAGUGGGUGGAGUGGAUUGGUGGAGAUUAUGGAGAUUGAAGGGGAGGGCCAUGAUUUUCACUUGAUAAAACCAGAAAGUGAGAAAGCUCGGGACGUGAUGAAGAGGACGGUUUCCUUCUUGAAUGAGGCAUAGUCUAAUAUGGAUUAUUGUAACAAAUAUUAUAAAGAAAUCCCUCUCAUAAAAAACGUUGAAGUGAAAGGCUAAUUGAUAGCUUUUGCUUUCGUUCAUUAAUAGGUCUAUCAAUAGUAAUACUUAGCAGAUACUUUCUUUCAAAAAAGAUACUUUUUGCCAACAAUCUAUAUAUCUAUAUAUGUGGCAGUUAGAACUCCUUUUUUCCCUGUUUUGGUUUACUCUUGCGAUAUAACAUCCUCCCGGCUCCACCACCUUAUCCCACACCGCGGCCACCAUCAGCAUCAUAACAUCACCUUUGUUUUUCGGGUUGAGAAGCUUGUAAACAGUCCCGUCCUGCACUCCACAAUUUUUUUAAAGAAACUGAACAGUCCCGUUCUGCAGUCGACAACUUGAUUUCAUGAUUUUUUUGUACAAAAAAUAUUAAUGUUUAAAACUAAAGUAUCUUCUCUAAUUUUUCAGCACAAAUAAGAGGUAAUUUGAGGUUUUUCCGA